ACUGCCCAGAAGCAGCGUCGCACAUUCCCGGCCAGCCUUCAGCCAAGUAUGCGGCCAAGGCGGCGGUGUACGCGGCGGCUGGAUACCAGCGCGACGAGAAUGGCAACUUUCGCCGCGGCGCCGUCAAGCGCGCGGCCCCGGACGCCCCCGGCUUCCCUGCGCCGUCAUACGGACCUCCUCGUCCCCCCGCCCCCGGCGCUUGA